AUAUUCUCUAGCCAUGGAGUUUAUCUUGAAUUUGAUUCAUAAAUUAUUGAACACUUAUUUACCACAUAUUGCAACAACAGCACUCAUCCAUUUCAUGCCUCUAUAUCUCUUUCUCAAGUUUCUUUACUUCAUUUUCCGUUGUAUAUUUAUCGAAAACGUUGCUGGUAAAGUUGUUGUCAUCACAGGUGCCUCUUCGGGUAUUGGCGAGCAUUUAGCAUAUGAAUAUGCUAAAAAAGGUGCACGAUUAGUCCUUGCGGCACGAAGGCGCAAGAGUCUUGAACAAGUAGCAGAUAUGGCCUAUUGGCUUGGAUCUCCUCGUGUUAUCUCUAUACAUGCUGAUGUAUCCAAAGUCGAAGAUUGCCAGCGAUUAAUCGAGGAAACUAUAAGCAAUUUUGGUAGAUUGGAUCAUCUGGUGAGUAAUGCUGCUGUGACGCCUCUAUACAUGUUUGAGGACCUUGUAGAGGUCACCAAUGCUGCACCUGCAAUGGACAUAAAUUUCUGGGGUGCAGUUUAUACUACGCAUUUUGCAAUUCCCUAUUUGAAGGAAACCAAGGGCAAAAUCGUAGCAAUCACUUCGUCAGCUGGUUAUUUACCUGCAGCCAGAAUCAGCUUCUAUAAUGCGAGUAAAGCUGCAUUGAUUAGUUUCUUCGAGACGUUGAGGGUAGAACUUGGGACACAAAUUGGGAUUACGAUUGUUACUCCAGGACUAAUCGAAUCUGAGAUGACUAAAGGCAAAUUUCUCACAACCGAAGGCAAGUUGGAAGUAGACCAAGUAAUGAGAGAUGUUGAGAUGAGCGUGACUCCAAUAUUGCCAGUGGAAAAGUGUGCGAGAUCAAUAGUGAAAAGUGCAUGUCGUGGAGACAAGUACCUAACGGAGCCACUAUGGUUCAAGACAUUUUUCAUCUACGUACUUUUUUUUCCCGAGGUUGUAGAUUGGUUCCAACAUUGGUUCUUGAUCCCGGGGCCAGGGAAACCAACAACCGAGACCCCCAGCAAGAUACUUUUGGACCUGACCGGAUUACAGAAAUACGUGUAUCCAGAGUCUCUCCUAUCUCCACAUAUAAAAGUGGAUUAAUUGAGCAUCAGACUCAAUUGUAAGCUGUACUUAACUAUAUGUAUAUCAGCAAAAUGUCGAUGCACAAUGGCUAGAAAGUGGUUUUUACCCUUUUUGCUCCUUUGGAACUCGAACUCACAACCUUUCAGGGUGGAUGUUGGAAGUGAGAGGUGUUUACUAUUCAAACAAACUCCCUCUUGUCUUGUGUGAGAGUUGUGAUAUGCAAAAUAGAAUAAAUAUUUGAUAAACAAAGAUUACAUCUUAAGGACUUAAACAAUUGUCAAACAUCACAUUUAAUUAAUAUUUUUUUUAAAAGGACGUGGAAAUGAAAAUUACAAUAAAUAUUUUGAGACGGAGAAAGUAAUGAAGUAUUCGUUACUGAAAAAAUUCUUGGUGCAAGUAAGAUAAAAUACUAUGGUGUAUAUCCAUGUAAAAAGAAAUCUAGAAAAUGGUGAAUACUGAAUACUACCAAAAAACAGAUUUGUCUCCAAAUCCAGACGUAUCUCUCAAAAGUGGGACUUAUGAUUUGAAAUUUUUGUCAUCGUCACAAAUUAUUUAAUUGGGGUUAAAACACGUUGCAUAUUUUAAUUAUUCCAAUUAAACCCAAAGUUAUUUCAUGGCAAAACAUGAUGCGUCGAUGAUGAUUCAUUAACGUCAUAUAUUGUCUCUAGCUAGUUUUAGCCCUUCACGUAAUUAUUAUUUUAUAAUACUCUCUUCAUUUCAAUUUAUCUGACAUUAUUUGAAUUUUAAAUAUGUGAAUUUUAUUUCAACGACAUAUCUAUUACCUAUCAAUCAUAAUUUCACCCUAGUUAGAAAAAUGAAUAUGAAUUCAUUGAUCAAAGUUGAAAUUGUCUUCUCAUCAACUCUCUACCCAUCCACCUGCCCUACUCCUUCCAAAAAUAAAUGAACGAAAAAUUUAACUUAUUUCCAUUAAAAUAUGUUUACGUCAACAAUUUUAUGUGUGGUUUAGUUGUGUUUUCAAAUAUUAAUUAAGUUGUGUUUCCCUGAGUAGACUGAAACAAAAACAAACAUAUAUAGGAAUACAAUGAAAUUGGGUGACCAGUCAAGGCGAAGCUAGAAUAUAGAUUAUAGACUCGACCGUAAUAACUUUAGUCAAAAAAAUUAUAUUUAUCGUACAAAGCAUAAUGAAUAUAUAAAGAUUAUUAAUUAAUUAAAACCUAAUAACUCAAAAAAAAAAAAUAGAAUCGUGAAUACAUAAACUUUAAAUUUCGAUUAUCUUUAUGAUUAGUGUUGACGUGACACUUGGCCGGUGAAACUAGGGAUAAUAUGACCGAAAAAGGAAAGGCUAAAAGUGAGAUAUGUCUUAAUAUUAACGGAAUUAAAAAACUGAUUGAUUGACCGUGUUCACGGGAUUUCGAACCAAUUUGAGAAUUUCUGGAGUUAAAUUAUUCAUAUGAUUACUCAACUAAGUACUUAUUAUCUUAAAAAAGACACUUUUUUAUUGAAGAAAAUUGAAAUCAGGAGGAAAGGUAAUUAUUUGAGGUAAUAAAGCUACCUUGAAAUUCAAAUUAUUAAAGAAAUAUAUAAGCAAAAGUAGGUUACAAUUACCCUAAAAAGUAAAAAAAAAAAAAAAAAAACAUGCAACUCAAGCAUCAAUUUUCCUGCUAGCUCCUUGAUCGAUUCAUUCGUGUAUAUGAUUAAUUAAUCUAAUCCAAAAACGUUUAUAAAGGAACGGCAACAAAAGAAUGGAGGCAAAGAUGAUAUAUAUAUAUAAGAAGAAAUCAAAACUUAUUAAAAACCAGAAAAAUUAGUAAAAAAAAUUAUUAAAAUGCAUGGCGAAGAGGAACACAUGAAACAAAACAACUACCUAGGAGUAAUUAAAUAAAGCUCGAGUUAUUUACCUAAGCAAGAAGAAGACAUGUAAAGUAACUGGAAAUAGGAAGAGAGAGAUAUUGACGCGGCUCAAUCCAAAAUCACAUGGCUAAUUACAUAUUUAGCCAUGUCUUCAGAUUGAGCCACAUCAAUAUCUAUAUAUAUCUUCCUAAACGUAUUAUAAAGUACGUACCUUCAAUUCCCAGCUUCACCUUGAAUUAGCUAGUUAACCUUCUUUUUCCAGAAUAAUUUUCAAAAAAAAA